AUGCUAACACCACUCAUUAAAAAAGGAACACAUUUUUUCGGUAUUACAAAUCCUUAUUUCCAAGUCAUAUUUUCGCACAUAUUCCUAACAUUACAGUUACAGAAAACAACAUCAUGCCUUGCGACGCCCUUGCUUGACCGCCAUCAUCAACACCGCGGACCACUACUCAUGGAGCACGUUCGUCACCAUCCCCUGUACGUCAUUUUCCAGCCAUGUGCCACGCACCUGCUACCCUUGACGAACUUUGCGUCUCCUCUCCAAAUCACCGUUAGAACUCUUUGA